AUGCAACUUAUGUCAGUCGGCUUAAGUGUAUUAUUCUCCUAUUGGCACAAUGCUCUUUUCAGUGCUCUUCAACAAUUGGAUCAAUCUGCAUUUGUUCGUUUAAUAUUUUACUUUCCUAUUAUCAUUUUAAUAGUAGUCGUCGUGGCCGUUUACAAAACUUACUUUGUGCAAUUGCUUGAACUUCAUUGGAGACGUUGGUUAACAAAUUACUUUAUGACUAAUUAUCUGGCAGAACAUGCUUAUUAUGGAGCUUCGUUUAAGGCAAAUCGUGACGAUAACCCUGAUCAGAGAAUAUCUGUCGAUAUUGCAUCGUAUAUAACACAUACGUCUGAUUUGACAAUUGGUGCAAUCCACGCAAUAGCUUCGUUUAUUUCACAUGUGUUUAUUUUAUGGUCUUUAUCGGGUGUGAUUGUAAUUCCUGUCACACAGCAUGUCUCAUAUAAAAUACCAGGUGGUUUGAUGUGGGUAGCUAUAUUUUAUGCUGGACUUGAAGGAUUAACUGCACAAUUACCAUUGAGCAUCGAUAGCAAUUCUCCACGAAUACUCAUUGCAAAUUUUAAUUGGACUUUUGAACCAUAUCAAUCUAUACUUAUCACAGGUCCAUCCGGUUGUGGAAAAUCAACUCUACUUCGAGUACUUGCUGGAAUUUGGCCAUACGGACAUGGAACAAUUACUAUGCCUCUUAGCGAUACAAUUGAAUUUAUUCCUCAAAAACCUUAUUGUCCACUUGGAGCUCUUCGUUAUUGUUUUACUUAUCCAUCAACGGCGCUAGGGUUAUCAAAGAAUGAUGCAAAUAUCCAGCGCAUAUUGCGUCUUUGUCAACUCGAAUCAUUGGCAAAUCGUUUAGAUGAUAUCGAAGAUUGGUCUCUCAUACUGUCAUCUGGCGAACAACAGAAAAUGAUUUUUGUUCGAAUUCUUCUUCAUCGACCGAAAUGGAUCUUUUUAGAUGAAGUGACAUCAUCGUUAGAUGAUAGAUCUGAAACAUAUUUAUAUUCGACUUUACUUCAAGAACUCGGUUCCUAUGGCACCAUCAUCAGUGUUGGACAUCGAAAAAAUCUUCAACAAUUUCAUCGAAUUCAAUUACAAUAUGUUGAUGGACAAUUCAUACAAGUUAAUCCACUCGUUAAUAUUCAAUAG